CGUAAAAUACUGUAAGGAGUUAUAUUUUUAUUUUUUGGCAAAGAAAUAAGGAGUAAUUGGCCAACAAAAAGAAAAGGGUGUUCCACAGAGAGAGAAUUUGGGGGUUAGGGCUUUGAGGGGCUUCGGCUUUGCAAUCGCCGUUGCGGUGCAAAGGAGUAGUCUUUUUCGGCUUGACUUAGAAGCAAGUAAAAGAUGUUCAAGAACACAUUCCAAUCUGGGUUUCUGUCCAUUCUAUACAGCCUUGGGAGCAAACCUUUGCAGAUAUGGGAUAAAGAAGUUGUCAAUGGCCAUAUAAAGAGACCACAGGAUGAAGACAUACAAUCCAAUGUCCUUGAAAUUGUUGGAUCAAAUAUCCAGUCCACAUACAUUACUUGCCCUGCAGAUCCAUCAGCAACACUGAGUAUAAAACUGCCGUUCCUUGUUAUGAUUGUGAAGAAUCUGAAGAAAUAUUUCACAUUUGAGAUUCAAGUUCUGGAUGAUAAGAAUGUCCGGCGACGUUUUCGAGCUUCUAAUUUUCAAGCUGUCACUCGAGUGAAGCCGUAUAUCUGCACCAUGCCACUGAGGAUGGAUGAGGGAUGGAAUCAAAUUCAGUUUAAUCUGGCUGAUUUUACCAGGAGAGCCUAUGGAACAAACUAUGUGGAGACUUUGCGAGUUCAGGUUCAUGCAAAUUGUCGCCUGAGGAGGAUAUAUUUCUCUGACCGCCUGUACUCUGAAGAGGAACUUCCUCCUGAAUUUAAAUUAUACCUUCCAAUGCAGCAGAGGACAUGAUGUGAUGCAAGAGAGAAGGUUCAAACCAUUGGAGCUGACUGGAUGUAAUCUUUUCUUUUAACGGGUGUACCAGAAAGUACCAAUUCUAUCAGACCUUGUUCGUAUGCUCAUGGGACAGAUAAUAUAGUUCAGAAAACCCUUGAUAUUUAGAGAUUUUGUGUGCAUUGUGAUCGGAUUAAGCAUGACUGGACAUAAUGUUUGUGUCUUUCAUUAUUCCAA